CUGUUGCCGAGGGGACGGGCCAGGCAGAUGCCAACAUGGCAGCGGUUGGGGUUGGUGGUUCUACCGCGGCGCCCGGGCCAGGGGCGGUUUCCGCGGGUGCGUUGGAGCCGGGGACCGCGAGUGCGGCUCACAGGCGCCUGAAGUACAUAUCCCUAGCUGUGCUGGUGGUCCAGAAUGCCUCCCUCAUCCUCAGCAUCCGCUACGCCCGCACGUUGCCAGGGGACCGCUUCUUUGCCACCACUGCUGUGGUCAUGGCGGAAGUGCUCAAAGGUCUCACCUGCCUGCUGCUGCUCUUCGCACAGAAGAGGGGUAACGUGAAGCACCUGGUUCUCUUCCUCCAUGAGGCCGUCCUGGUGCAGUAUGUGGACACACUCAAGCUCGCAGUGCCCUCUCUCAUCUACACCUUGCAGAAUAACCUCCAGUAUGUUGCCAUCUCUAACCUACCAGCUGCCACUUUCCAGCCUUCCCCGAGGUGCAGCCAAAGCCAUAGCCUCUGCCUCUGCCUCCGCCUCCGGGCCCUGCGUUCACCAGCAGCCUCCCGGGCAGCCACCGCCACCGCAGCUGUCUUCCCACCGUGGAGACCUCAUCACGGAGCCCUUUCUGCCAAAGUCAGUGCUGGUGAAGUGAGGGCUGGCAACAAUGGGGGGACACAAGGGAGGGGGACUGGGGUGGAGGGUGUUGGGCAUCUGCAGGACCCAAGUUGCCGCCCUCCGGGGCCUGGCUCCUCUGGGUUUGGGAGAUGGUCUUUUCUCCCAGGUCACUGAGACUUCUGGAGGGGUGUGGGACUAGAGCUCGCUGUCACGUGAACCCUUCCUGGUAGGCUGACCCCAUUCCCCUGGAGGGGGUUUUAGAGCUGCCACCUCUGCUCCCUCUAACCUCUUUGGAGGCAGGGUUGGGGGUACUGUCAUUCAAGGCCUUUUUUUUUGUCUGCCCCCUCCCCGACCCUGUGCCCUCUUCUGGAGGUGUCUCGUCUGGGAGAGUCCCUCCCAGCAGUCCCUCCACCUCCAUAAGGACACACUGGACAAAACUCCCACAGCUCUUCAGGAAUGACUGAUGCCUACCUGUGGGGUUCAUUUGCCCAUAGUUUGAGGCCUUCUCUCCUCCCUUACCACUGCUCUGGAUCAUGUUACCAGUUCCGUCUUUUGUGUGGCCUUGGGCCAGCUUCCUUGACACCUUGAAGAUGGGCUUCUUGUGAGUCCCCAGGGAGAAAGGGACAAGAGCUAAGAUUUUUGCAUCAGCCCUUCUGGCAGAAGGUGUGGUAGGGGCCAUUUGUUUUUUUUAGUUGACUUGGGAUUUGUGGUGUAAUCAUAUUAUUAUUGAUCCAGGGUGUGGGAAAAAUGGAGGUCCUUGAAGUGGCUGAAUCUCAUUGUAUUUAAAACACUGUCAGUUGCCAGAUGUAGGGUUAUUUUUGGAGACGUCUAGGAGAGGAAAAAUAAAGCUGCCAAUCAUACUCUUGAUAUCCGUCUGGCUGUGUGACGCACCCCUACCUCAUGGGGGUGUCUUGGGAUUGAUGAACUGUGGAACCUGCCUCCUGCGCUCCCCAAAGCUUAUUAACCCCUUAACUGUAUCGGGGCGGGGUGUGUGUGUGCAUGGAAGAUGCCUGGGCUGUCUUUGCUAUAUGUAAAUAGAGCCAUUGGAUCUUUAUUUUUGAUUAAUUUGUUCUGAUUUUUUGGUUUGUUUUUUAAGGAACUGUAAUGAACAAAUGUCAGGAUAUCCAAUGCCAAAUAAAGAUGUUGUAUUUAUUUAG